UGUGGGCUGCUCAGUCAGGCUCCAAGUCAAAUCCAGCUUGGGGCCGAAACCCGAGGGCUGCACAGAGGGUGGCUAGCUUGCAGGCCGGGUCCUCACCCUGUGGCCAUGGGCGGCAACCUGGGGCAGCUGGACAGUCACACCUGUAAGUCCCUAGCUGAGGAUGAGCCCUUUGACCCCGUGGAGCCACGCAAAAGACCCACGGGCAAUCUCAUCAUGCACAGCAUGGCCAUGCUUGGCCGCGAGUUUUGCUACGCAGUGGAGGCGGCCUACGUGACCCCGGUCCUGCUCAGCGUGGGACUGCCCCGGAGUCUGUACAGCAUGGUGUGGCUCCUCAGCCCCGUCCUGGGGUUUCUGCUGCAACCCGUGGUGGGAUCAGCCAGCGACCACUGCCGGGCCAGGUGGGGCCGGCGGCGACCUUACAUCCUCACCCUGGGCGUCAUGAUGCUCCUGGGCAUGGCUCUGUACCUCAACGGGGACACUGUUGUAUCAGCUUUGAUUGCUGAUCCAAGGAGGAAGCUGAUUUGGGCCAUAACCAUCACCAUGAUAGGUGUAGUUCUCUUUGAUUUUGCUGCUGACUUCAUUGACGGGCCCAUUAAAGCCUACUUAUUUGAUGUCUGUUCCCACGAGGAUAAGGAGAGGGGUCUCCACUACCAUGCCCUCUUGACAGGUUUCGGAGGUACCCUGGGUUACCUUUUGGGUGCCAUCGACUGGGCCCAUCUGGAGCUCGGAAGAGUGCUGGGCACAGAAUUCCAGGUCAUGUUCUUCUUCUCCGCCUUGGUGCUCACUUUGUGUUUUAUUAUUCAUCUCUGCAGUAUCCCUGAAGCCCCACUUAGAGAUGUUAUAAAGGACAUUCCCCCACAGCAAGCCCCCCAGGACUUUCUAUUGUCAUCAGACAAAUUGUACCAGUAUGGGUCUAUUGAGAAAGCUAAAAAUGUUUAUGUAAACCCAGAGCUGGCACUGCAUGGGGAAAAACCCAAAAAUCCUGCUGAACAGACUAUGAAGGCAAUGACCAUGAAGUCACUGCUGAGGGCGCUGGUGAAUAUGCCUCCCUACUACCGCUGCCUUUGCAUCAGCCACCUCUUUGGAUGGACCGCCUUCCUGUCAAACAUGCUCUUCUUCACAGAUUUCAUGGGCCAGAUUGUGUACCAUGGGGAUCCCUAUGCUGCACACAACUCCACAGAGUUUCUCAUCUACGAAAGAGGGGUCGAGGUUGGAUGUUGGGGCUUGUGCAUCAAUUCCGUGUUUUCCUCGCUUUAUUCUUACUUUCAGAAAUCUUUGGUGUCCUACAUCGGAUUAAAGGGUCUUUACUUCAUGGGGUAUUUGCUAUUUGGCCUGGGGACCGGAUUUAUUGGGCUUUUUCCGAAUGUCUACUCCACCCUGGCUCUGUGUACCUCAUUUGGUGUGAUGUCCAGCACUCUGUACACAGUGCCCUUUAACCUCAUUGCCAAGUACCACCGUGAGGAACAAGAGGAGAAGAGACAGCAGACCCGGGGAGGGAGCCUGGACGGCAGUGAGAGAGGGCAGGGCCUGGACUGCGCUGUCCUCACCUGCAUGGUGCAGCUGGCUCAGAUCCUGGUUGGAGGUGGCCUGGGCUUUCUGGUCAACAAGGCCGGGAGUGUCAUCGUGGUGAUCACAGCCUCUGUGGUGGCACUGAUUGGCUGCUGCUUUGUGGCUCUCUUUGUUAGAUAUGUGGAUUAGGUCAAUAAAGAGACAUCAUCUCUAAACUCCAACACAGUGAA